AUGUUUUCCCCAAGAUCCACAGCCACCACCCUCGCAGUGGCCCUCCUCUCGCUCCCCACCACAAGAGCCCAGUCCCUAUCCAUAUCGCCAAACACAAAGGCCCCAAAAGAUGCCUCCGACUACAUCAACCCUUCAUUCGCUGGUUUUGGCAUCGAGCCCUCCAACCUGUUUUCCUUUACUGGUGGUGACCAGAUUAACCAGUUUUCCGUCAAACUCCUACAGAACCUCGCAGACUACUCUGGCGCCCCCCCUCACAUCCGCCUCGGAGGAAACACACAGGAUUACAUGCUUUUCGAGGCAGACAACCAACGCUUCGCAUGGAACGCCAACAAGAACUCGCAAGCACAGGGCACUAAGGCUGCUGACUCCAUGAUUAUUGGUCCCAACUAUUUCACUGCCCUGGACCGGUUCCCCAAGGAUACCCCCGUCACCUUCGGCCUCAACAUGGCUUACAUGGAGAGCGACUGGGAAACUCGCAUCACCGACAUGGCAAAGGGCGCCAUUGAUGGUAUGAAAAAUGUCAAGUUGUAUUCGUUCGAAGUUGGCAACGAGCCCGACCUGUGGCUGCAGAACAUGUUCCGCGCUGGCGCAUGGAGCGGAAGCACAUACACAACCCAAUGGCUCGACCGCUGUGAAGUUGUCUACGAGCGCGUGCUCAAGGAUGCUAACCUCCCCUCGUCCUUUUUCGAGGCUCCUGCAACUGCCUCUACCAUCGGCACCACCUUUGAGAUUGCCCAGCUGGUUGACGAUGGCAUCAUGGAAGGCAGGAAUGGCGACAACUUCCUCGCUACCUGGAACCAGCACGACUACUACUAUUUUAUUGGAGUUACACUAACUCCUCUUACUCUUGAUGAACUAAUGGAUCUCGACACCACUAACGUCCAGUUCAAGUACUGGGAGAAGCAAGUCGGCAUCGCCCUGAAAACCGGCCUCCCCUAUGUCCUGCGUGAAAUGAGCUCCGUAGGCCCUAUUGGUAUGCCCUUUGUCAGCGAUGUUUUUGGCGCUGCCCUCUGGACCAUGAACUUUUUCCUCUACGCCGCUACCAUCGGCAUCUCUUCUGUACAAAUGCACAUGACCGACAACUCAAACGCCAGUGCUUGGCAACCUAUUCCCAUGUAUGGCCGCGACACCAGCUUUGUCCGCCCUCAGUACUACGCCCACGCUGCCAUUGCCCAAAUCAUUGGUAACGGCAACGGAACUACCCAGAUCAAGGCUGAAAGCACAAGCGAUGUUGGUGCUGGCUACGACGGUCGCAUCCGUGUUUACAGCGCCUACGCAAAUGACAAGCUGCAGUCUGUCACCAUGAUCAACGCCAAGCAAGUCAAUGCUUCCUCUUCAACCAAGAACAGCUUUACAUUCAACCUCAACCUUGGCUCUGACAACGCAAACAAGGAAGUCUUCAUUUCCUAUCUGACCGCCCCUGGCGCCGACUCUCAAACUGAUGUUACUUGGAACGGCAUGAAGUACGAUGACGUUACUGGCGAAUCUUCUGUCGUCGAUAGUACCGUUGUCGUCACUACCGCCGAUGGCUCCGGCAAAAUCACCGUCCCUGUCCGGGAUAGUGAGGCUGUCGUUGCAAACAUUGGCAACCAGCUAGGUGUCAAUGCUGUAAUCAAGCCAGAUGGUACACAGUCCAAGAAGAGUAGUGCUGCUUCGAGGUCUGUCAGCAGCGCUGGUUUCGCUGCUAUCACCGGCAUGCUGGCUGUGUUGGUUGGUCUAGCGGUGGUGUAA